AGUAAACAAGGCCCGAAGUAAAGACCUGGCCGCACUUGGGCCAUCUAAUUCGCAACACGCCGGCCACACCACCGCGCAUCGACAACGCCGAUGGCCGUUUUGGUUCCUUCUGUCCUCGCGAUGGCCACUGGAGACUCCGACAACUCGCCGAGCGUCUUUCUACCCCGACUCGUAAACGGCGCCUCGCGGCUGGCCGUCUCCAAGCCUUCCUGGGUCGUCCGAACGGCGUCUAAUGUCCGAAGAGAGAAAAUGAAGAAGCCAGAUCCACCCUGCGUCGUCUGUGCUGGAAGUGGAAGAAUUGAUUGCCACAAUUGCCAAGGAAGAGGUCUCCACUCUUCCUGCAUAAACUCUGCAUAUUUGCCAGAUCCAAAUAUCGAUCUGUACUGCCUGCAUAAACUCUACAGGAGAACAAAUUGCCUGGAACUGGCCAUGCUUCCCAAGGGUGAAUGGCCAAGAUGGUGCAAGGUUUGCAGUGGGAGUGGACUUGACUACUGUAACCGAUGUCUCGGAACAGGAGAGUACCGUGAUAUAAUGGGGUUUCAUCUUAGGAAGACGAAGCCUCCUCAAAGAUUAGGCAACCCAAUGGACGACCAUGGAACUGCUAGGGGCGUUCAUUCGACAGGAGAUGGUAGUUGAUAAUGGAGGAAAUCAAAUGGCAGUAGACCAAAAACAUCAAUAACAAUUCAUAAUGCAAGAAUAGAAAUAGAAAUAGAAAUAGUUCUUUUAUCUAUGAAAGUGUUGGUGUGAAAUUGUAUGCAACUUGGUAAAAAAAUAAAAAGUUUUUGUACAAUAACAUGUAAAUUCAAUAUUUGUUUUUUUUUAAUGCUAA